AUGAUAAAUCUACGUGCCAGGAAUUCGUACCUGAUUGUGAUUACAGUGCAGCGACAGCGUCUACAAGAUGAGUGCAGGUCGACGAGUGAAGGCGGCACGGAACAGCCGCAACUGGUGCUGCUCUACUUCAUGGCCCAGCUGCUAUUGCGCGAGCUCGCCAAGUGCCAUCGGCUCGUCCAGCUUGUCCCCAUGGACAUGACCUCGUACUACGAGAACCGUGCGGGCCCGUCAAAUUUCGGAAAUGUGAUUAGUCAAAUCUUGCUUUGUAAGCAAAUCACGCCAGACUUCAACCAGGAAGAGCUGUGCAGCAUUGCCAAAGACACGCAGGAGAUCACAAGGAUAGUCAAUGACAUUCAAGAGUUUCUACCUCAACACGAGAAUCUCAAUCAUUUAGAGAGCAGCGUCGCUCUGAAAGGCGAAGAUGCGAUGAACGGCCUGUGGCGAAAUAAGAGGAGAGGGUCGCUGUACAAGAGCAUGGGCGUGCUGUGUUGUAUGUCACGGCCAAACUACCUCUGAGGGUGACGGGCCUCGCCGGCGGCGGCUCGUCGCUCCAGCUAGGCAUUAACCCCAACCCACAAAUAAAACCUAGUCUGUGAAUGGCAUUGGCUCUACACUCAAACUGCUUCAAAGUGUUCAGUGUGUACAAGAUACGUUUUAAAAUUAGCGGACAGAGAAGUGGUGCGUGUAUGUACAGAGUAGAAAAUGAAAGGGUCCAUUAAAUUGUUUAAUUAGUUGUUCAAACAACUUAGUGAAUUCGGAUGAAGAUGAGCGUUUAAUUGCCGUAAAUAUGUAUAAUAUUAAGACAUGGUCAUGGUAGAUCAAUUAAAACUAUGUCAAAAUAAUGAGUAUACUUAACGUUAAUAAUUAACAAUAUAAAUUUUAAAUAAUAAUAUGAUGAACUUACACAUUGUGAAUUGCCUGGAAUGGGAUCAAUUGCGAUUAAGUAGAUUUUUAAUGAAUCGUAGAUGUUUCAUUAUUUUCGGCACGAGUCCUUUUUGAAUUUCUCCACUCAUGUAGUUCCACUAGCUAUUCUUACAAUUUCAACUUACACACGUUUGCCAAAUAUAGAACUUAAAAAUAGUCGCAAAAUUUUAAUAAAAUUUAGAUCCUUUGAGAAAUAUUUACUUAUGGACGUAUUAUUUUCGAGAUAUCAUAUGUUUCAGUAUGAGAAAAGUCUACAUAUAAGAAUAAAUUGUCAUCCGUACCUACUGAAUAUAGUAUUUUAUUAUUAAGCAUAAAAAAUUGCUAUAAGAAUUUCAC